AUGUCCCAUCACCACGGGGGUGAUGCUGAAUACACGGCGGAUGAAUGUGAAAUGGAGGAUGUGGAAGAUGACAUGGACGAUGAAUCUAUUGAUGAUGGAGAAAGGGGUGAUGUAGAGUCUGAUGUAGAUGAAUUUGAUUACUCGAGUGACAAAGUAGUAGACACUACAGCUGCUCAGGCUAGAAGAGGACAAGACAUCCAGGGAAUUCCUUGGGAUAAUCUUACCAUCACUAGAGAAAGAUAUCGGCGAACUAGGCUUGAGCAAUACAAGAAUUAUGAAAAUAUACCUGGUUCAGGAGACAAGUCAGGGAAGGAUUGUCAGAAUACCAAAAAAGGAUACUCAUUUUAUGACUUCAAAAAAAAUACAAGAUCAGUAAAGUCAACUAUUCUUCAUUUUCAGUUAAGGAAUCUAGUAUGGGCUACAUCAAAGCAUGAUGUAUACCUUAUGUCUCAGUUUUCAAUAAUGCACUGGUCCUCAAUGACAUGCAAAAGUUCAGAAGUACUCAAUGUUUCCGGGCACGUUGCACCAUCAGAGAAACAUCCUGAAAGUCUGUUAGAAGGAUUUACUCACACUCAAGUCAGUACACUUGCAGUGAGAGAUAAGCUUCUAGUUGCCGGUGGAUUUCAGGGUGAACUUAUUUGUAAGCUCCUAGAUCGACCUGGUGUUAGCUUUUGCACGAGAACAACUUUUGAUGAUAAUGCUAUCACCAAUGCCAUUGAGAUUUAUACUUUUCCUAGUGGUGCAGUUCAUUUCACAGCCGCAAAUAAUGAUUCUGGAGUCAGAGACUUUGAUAUGGAGAAAUUUCAGCUUUCUAAUCAUUUUCGUUUCCCCUGGCCAGUGAAUCACACUUCUCUCAGUCCAGACGGUAAACUACUACUAAUUGUUGGAGACAAUCCCGAAGGUAUGUUGGUGGACUCCCAAAAUGGCAAGACCGUUGUUCCCUUAUCUGGGCACUUUGAUUAUUCAUUUGCAUCAUCAUGGCAUCCUGAUGGCAUAACCUUUGCCACUGGAAACCAGGACAAAACCUGUCGAAUUUGGGACAUGCGGAAUUUAUCCAAGUCAGUGGCUGUGCUGAAGAGCAACCUUGGAGCCAUCCGUUCAAUCAGGUAUUCUUCAGAUGGCAAGUAUAUGGCUGUUGCAGAGCCUGCUGAUUUUGUACAUGUCUAUGAUGUUAAAAGUGGGUAUGAGAAGGAACAGGAAAUUGAUUUCUUUGGUGAGAUAUCAGGCAUAUCUUUCAGUCCAGACACCGAGUCCCUGUUUAUCGGGGUCUGGGAUCGCACUUAUGGUAGCCUUCUUGAGUAUAGCCGGCGACGGGAUUAUAGAUACCUUGAUGCACUAAUUUAA